GUGAUGUUGGACUCAGUGACACACAGUACCUUCCUGCCCAACACGUCCUUCUGCGACCCCCUGAUGUCGUGGACUGACCUAUUCAGCAAUGAAGAGUAUUACCCCACCUUUGAGCAUCAGACAGCUUGCGACUCCUACUGGACAUCCGUUCACCCUGAGUACUGGACAAAGCGCCACGUCUGGGAAUGGCUCCAGUUCUGCUGCGACCAGUACAAGCUGGACGCCAACUGCAUCUCUUUCUGCCAUUUCAACAUCAGUGGCCUACAGCUGUGUGGCAUGACGCAGGAGGAGUUCAUGGAGGCUGCCGGCGUCUGCGGGGAGUAUCUAUACUUUAUUCUCCAGAGCAUCCGCUCACAAGGUUACUCCUUUUUUAAUGAUCCUGAUGAGACCAAGGCCACCCUCAAAGACUAUGCUGAUUCCAGUUGCUUGAAAACAGGUGGCAUCAAAAGUCAAGACUGUCACAGUCAUAGUCGAACAAGCCUCCAGAGUUCUCAUCUAUGGGAAUUUGUGCGAGACCUGCUUCUAUCUCCUGAGGAAAACUGUGGCAUUCUGGAAUGGGAAGAUAGGGAACAAGGUAUUUUUCGGGUGGUUAAAUCAGAAGCCCUGGCGAAGAUGUGGGGACAAAGGAAGAAAAAUGACAGAAUGACAUAUGAAAAGCUGAGCAGAGCUCUGAGGUACUACUAUAAAACUGGAAUUUUGGAACGGGUUGAUCGAAGAUUAGUGUACAAAUUUGGAAAAAACGCACAUGGAUGGCAGGAAGACAAGCUAUGA